CUCUUUACUUGGGGAAGAAGGUUUGAUCUUGCUCUUCUACCUAGUCUUCUAUGGGUUCUUGGCUGCUCUCUUCUCCUUCACAAUGUGGGUCAUGCUUCAGACUCUGAAUGAUGAGGUUCCAAAAUAUCGAGACCAGAUUCCCAGCCCAGGACUUAUGGUGUUUCCAAAACCAGUGACUGCUUUGGAGUACUCAUUCAGUUUGUCUGAUGCCAACUCCUAUAAAGGAUAUGUUGAAGAUCUCAGUCACUUUCUAAAGGCGUACACUGUAGAAGACCAGAAGAAUCUCACCGUCUGUCCUGAUGGCGCACUUUUUGAACAGAAAGGCCCUGUGUACACUGCGUGUCAGUUUCCUCUGCACUUACUUGACGCAUGCAGCGGCAUCGCUGAUCCUAACUAUGGCUAUUCAGCAGGAAACCCAUGUAUUCUUGUGAAAAUGAACAGAAUAAUUGGAUUAAAACCUGAAGGAGAGCCAAAGAUAACAUGUAUUUCAAAGAGUGAACAAGUGAAAAAUAUAGCAGCUUAUCCUCCGACUGGACUUAUAGACUUAAAAUAUUUUCCAUAUUAUGGGAAAAAAUUGCAUGUGGGGUAUCGGCAGCCAAUAGUUGCUGUCCAGGCUUUCUUUGCUCCUCUUAAUGGCAUCAAGAAAGAAGCGACAGUCGACUGCAAGAUUAAUGGCUCAUCCAACCUGAAAAACGAGGAUGAUCGUGACAAGUUUUUGGGACGAAUUUCGUUCAAGAUCACAGUGAAUGCAUAGCAUAAGUAGGGUGUUCUACAGAGUAAAUGUUGUGUGUCUGUCUUCAUCUUGUGUCAGCUGGACCUGCCAUUCUAGAACGAGAGCACCUUGGAGAAAGGGGGGGCGGGGUACGUGACACUGGGGUAACAUCAUACUGUGCUUCUAGACCUUAGGUUCCAUGUCCUCCGAAGUUACUGCCUGUUGCCUCUGCUGCCCUUGGACCAGUGUACAGAUGCCAUGUGAGGGCUGGUAAAUACCUGGCGGGGAGCAUGUGUAAUGGGGUGGUCUUAUCCUAUUUUUAUGUGGUUUACUUGCCAAGUUCUAAAGCUUAAUGUGCUGUGCUGUGUAAAUAUUUUAUGGAUUUAACACUGGUUCAUUGUCAUUUUGAUGCCAACACAAUUAAUUUUAGGGAUGCAAUGAUGGAAGAAUAAAUGGUACCUGGCCAACAUCAAUUGACUUUAUCGCUGCCAUAAAUGUGGGUGUGUGGAGACCCCUGAAGCUGUGUGUGUGAGGAGGAAAAAAGAUAAUAAAAGUGGAUUUGAAAGUGUUA